GCGGGGCGGAGCGAGAGGCGAGGCGACGGGCCCUGCCGGCCGGGGAUUUCAUCAUGCGGGGGGCCGGGCCUCCUCGUCCUCCGCCUCCUCCGCCUCCCGGGCCGCUCCAUGCCGCGGCCCCUUAGCCUCCUUCUCGGCCGCCUCGCAAGCAGCAUCGGCAGCCCGCCUUGCCGCCGUCUCCCCGGUCUCGACGCCUCCCUUCACCUCGGCCGACCCUCCGCCGCCGGCCAUUCCUCGUCGUCCUCCUCCUCCUCCUCGUCCCCGAGAGCCCCCGGCCUUGGCGCCAGGAUGGACGGCCCCGCUGCCGAGGCGCUCUUGGCCCCGCUCCGGCAGGCCGUGAGGCAGCAGGGAGAAUUGGUUCGCAAGUUGAAGGAAGAGAAGGCUCCUCAAGUGGAUGUAGACAAAGCUGUGGCUGAGCUCAAGGCUCGAAAGAGAAUCCUAGAAGCAAAGGAACUGGCAUUGCAGCCUAAGGAUGAUAUUGUGGACAGAUCUAAAAUGGAAGAUACUCUGAAACGGAGAUUUUUCUACGAUCAGGCGUUUUCAAUAUACGGAGGAGUAAGUGGUUUGUAUGAUUUUGGUCCGGUUGGAUGUGCUUUGAAGAACAACAUAAUUCAAGCCUGGAGGCAACACUUCAUCCAGGAAGAGCAGAUUUUUGAGAUCGACUGCACCAUGCUCACACCAGAGCCCGUUCUGAAGACCUCCGGCCACGUGGACAAAUUUGCAGACUUCAUGGUGAAGGAUGUGAAAAACGGGGAGUGUUUUCGAGCUGACCACCUUUUAAAAGCCCACUUACAGAAGCUCAUGUCGGACAAGAAAUGUACCGCUGAAAAAAAGACCGAAAUGGAGAACGUGCUAACGCAGCUGGAUAACUACGGCCAAGAAGAACUCGCAGACCUGUUUGUGAAUUACAACGUGAAGUCUCCCAUCACAGGAAAUGACCUCAGCCCUCCUGUGUCUUUCAACCUGAUGUUCAAGACUUCUAUAGGGCCCGGUGGAAACAUGCCAGGUUACCUGAGGCCAGAAACUGCACAGGGAAUCUUCCUGAACUUUAAACGCCUUUUGGAGUUCAACCAGGGAAAACUGCCUUUUGCUGCUGCUCAGAUUGGAAAUUCAUUCAGAAACGAGAUUUCUCCUCGCUCCGGCCUCAUCAGAGUCAGGGAAUUCACCAUGGCCGAAAUAGAGCACUUUGUGGAUCCCAGUGAGAAACAUCACCCCAAGUUCCAGAGCGUGGCCAACCUCCACAUCCUCCUGUAUUCCUCCAAAGCCCAGACCAGUGGGCAGCCAGCACGUACCAUGCGUUUGGGGGAUGCUGUUGAGCAGGGUGUGAUCAAUAACUCAGUCCUGGGCUACUUCAUUGGCCGCAUCUACCUCUACCUCAUCAAAGUCGGCAUCUCUCCCAACAAGCUGCGCUUCCGACAGCAUAUGGAGAACGAGAUGGCGCAUUACGCCUGUGACUGUUGGGACGCAGAGUCGAAAACAUCCUAUGGGUGGAUUGAAAUCGUUGGCUGUGCUGACCGUUCCUGCUAUGAUCUCUCUUGCCACGCCAGAGCUACCAAAGUUCCUCUUGUAGCUGAGAAACCGCUUAAAGAACCCAAAACAGUCAACGUUGUGCAGUUCGAAGCAAACAAGGGAGCGAUCGGCAAGGCUUACAAGAAGGACGCCAAGCUGGUUCUGGAAUACCUUUCCAUCUGUGAUGAGUGUUACGUCAGCGAGAUGGAGGAGCUGUUGAAUGAAAAAGGGGAAUUUACUAUUGAAACUGAAGGGAAAACUUUUCAAUUAUCAAAGGACAUGGUCAGUGUGAAAAGAUGCCAGAAGACCUUACACGUGGAAGAGAUUGUUCCCAACGUGAUCGAGCCUUCAUUUGGUAUCGGAAGAAUCAUGUAUACAGUAUUUGAGCACACAUUCCGCAUCCGGGAGGGAGAUGAACAGAGAACGUACUUCAGCUUUCCUGCUGUGGUGGCUCCGUUCAAAUGCUCUGUCCUUCCCUUGAGCCAGAACCUGGAAUUUAUGCCGUUUGUGAAGGAGCUAUCUGAAGCUCUCACCAGAAACGGCGUCUCCCACAAAGUGGACGACUCCUCCGGCUCCAUCGGCAGGCGCUAUGCCAGGACAGACGAGAUUGGCGUGGCUUUUGGGAUCACCAUUGACUUCGACACAGUCAACCGGACGCCACACACGGCCACCUUAAGAGAUCGCGAUUCCAUGCGCCAGAUAAGGGCUGAGAUCUCUGAGCUUCCUGCCAUCGUACAGAGCCUUGCCAAUGGUAACGUAAGCUGGGCUGACGUGGAGGCCAGGUAUCCACUCUUUGAGGGACAAGAAACUGGCAAAAAGGAGACCAUUGAGGAAUAAAGCUCACAACCAGGAAAAAAGAGAAAAAAGGAAACUUGACGAAGAAGUCCAAUUUUUAUUGUUAAUGGAAUAUGACAUUUAUUCUGUGUACUGUUCGAAACAACAUCAUUUUGCUCACCCAGGGACUUAUCUCAUUAUGUUCUUUCCCCUCCCUUGCAAUCCUGCCUGAUUUUAAUUUCCAUCUCUCCAAUAGCCACAAAUACAAUGAAUAAAACCACAGCUGCAUUGG